AGUUGGUAACUACUCUGAGGGCAGAUUUUCAGCAAAAAGAGUAACUGAAGCUUUGUUGAUGAUGGCUGACUGUCACUUUCCAUAACUGGGGUGGCCAGGCUUCAUUCCCGGGUGGCACUGGCCACUUUUGGCCACCUCUUCGCCUCUGCUUCCGUUUUUUGAGCUGGGAAGAGUGCUGGCCUGAACACGUAUUUUCCACAGGUGGAAGAAUGCGGAGGAGAAACAGAGCAACUAAGGCAGAGACACACUCUGUUCUGUGGACCGAAUGAUAUCUAGCUAAAAGUCCCUUCGCUUUUGGCCAGCUGUCGAAAUCACGCGGACCUUUUUCGGAUUUUGUGGCAGUGUCGACAAAAAUGCUGCUUUUUAAAUAUGCGUGGGUUCUUUUGUGUCUUGUGGCUUUCAGGGACUUUUGGCACAUCUCAGAUGUAUCAGCUGUUCUACAUGGAGGCCUGUCACGCCCAGAUUUCAUCAGAACUGUCAGUGAGGCCAACAUGAUGUUUGAGUUCUUACUGAGUGGUCUUGUGAUCGAUGUGGACAACAACAUUGCCAUGAGGGACCAAGAAAUGGCCUCCAUGAGGCAGGGCCGAGCUUUCUUAGCCCUUAUAAAUGAUAACAUUCCCAAGACUGUGCCAGCAAUGGAGGAGCUACUGAUCGCUCUGGAAGAUGAAGAGAAGUCCUUCAGUCAGUCCAAUUUUGAGACCCUCAUCCUGGGAAUCAUCUAUUCGGCCUACCAGGUCCACAAACAAGAGGUUGAGAGGCAGGAAGUUCAGCAGAAAGCUUGGGCAGGUGUCCUUGGCCGCCUGGCAAAUGUUACUUUUGUUCAGCUACGCAGCUAUUAAACUGUGCCACAAAUACAGAAAGAAAUUGCAGCUUCCAGGCUAUGUUUUCAGUCCUGACAGACACCUCCCACUAACAACAGUAUAUAUAUUACUGUCAAGGUGUAUUUUACAGGAGUUUGUAUAAAUGCGUAUUCUCCUCCACAUCUCAUCUACUUUGUGUUCUAGUGCUUGCAUGUCCAGUUUCUGUGUUUUAUGUUUCCUGCUUUUUUCUGAUGCUGAAAAAUGAAGUACUUGUAAUUAAUGGCCGUUUUGACUGGAAAUAAAAAAACACAAAUUUCGCACAGUA